UUAGAACUGGGAGCAAAACUGUAAUUUCGUAAUCUCCUUUAAACUCAAAGUUUUAUAAACGCUUAGCCAGUUCCCCUUCGGCGCUCUUGUCUUCUUCUCGCAUUAAAGAACCACCGGCCCGGCGAUACUGAAUUUUCUGGAGUAAUGGAACACGGGUCGUUUUCAGAUCUUAGUAAAUCAUCAUUUUCUUUGACUGAUGAGGAUCAUACAUUGGCAAACUCAAUUAGGUUCACUUUGAAUCAGGAUCCAAGAGUAACAUUCUGUGGAUACAGCAUUCCCCACCCUUCAGACAAUCGUGUUAACAUCAGAAUUCAGACAACAGGUGACCCGGCAACAGAUAUAAUGAAAGAUGCAUGCCAGGAUCUAAUGUUGGUAUGCAAGCAUGUCAGGCAAACUUUUGACCAGGCUGUUGUGGAUUUCAAAAAGAGCAACAAAGACAUGAAAGUCGACUAGUUUCGAAAUCAAUAAGUUCCUAAUUGCACACUUCUGUUAAUUUUUAUGAUAAAUGUAAUUGAAGACAGUUGAACAGCACAACAUGUUUACUGAUUUAUUAAAAAUGCAAUGAUUUCUGAUCUUUUGCUUAUAUAAUAUUGCCAAAGAUUUUGAUGAUUA